CCACGAUUUAUCCACCCACGAUAGCACAAGCCGCUUAUUAAGCUUAGCCUAGAGCAGGAGCAAUGCCGAAGCCAGGAAUUCCGCCGCCGUUACCACGCCCUUCAGACUUGUCGCGGGCGGUAAUACUCAACAGUUCCAGUUACGCAAAACGAGCGUGACCGUGACUCCUCACGAUCCGUCUAUGAGCACUGCCGACUUUAACGCGAUUUGGACUGGAUACCAGGGCAAUGUACAGAACUGGUGCAGAGAUCUGGCCAAUUGGGCUCCAGGGAGAAGCUUCAGGCGUCGAUUUCAAAGUCGCCCAUGAGGUUCACGAUACCAAUGUGGACGACGUCAUGUAUAGGCUAGAGUUUAAGAAAGACUCCACCACAAACGCAGUUUUCUUGCACCUCACAACGGUAACGCUGGGCGCUCCGUCAUCGUCAGACGCGACGGCACGCGAUAUCUCAACCCAGAUCCGCAUCCUCCAAGAAGCCAAAGAGAAACUGCAGACCGAGGCGGCCUCGUACGCCGCUCUCGCUCUCGCCUCCACCCCUCUUCAACCCGAACAGGCGAAGCAAGCUCUUGAAGAGCGCAAGCCGAUCACCCAGUCCAUCGCAUCGCUUAACCUCCAGAUCUCUGCGCUCACACUGCAAGAGCACGAGCUAGAGAAGAAUGCUAAAUUGCAGUCGCGUUUAGAACAUAUGGCGGCCAAGCACAAGACAGAGAUAAAGCAAUUGCAGGAUGAGAAGGCGGCGGUGGAGAAGCGGGUGCUGGACAUGCGGGAGGAGCACCUGCGGCAGGUUGCACACAUGCGGCAGCAGCAUGAACGAGCCAUGGAUAGGGUUAAGAGUGAAAAGAAGGAGACGAACAAGCGGUUGGAGGCCCUUGAGGGCGUCGUGGGUCUUGACAUGCUACGGUCUUAAGCUGCGAUGCUUGAUCAAGUGUCUAAUUUCCACAUAAGCCUUUCUAUGCGACGUGGUUGAUUCGCGGGGGA